AUGACCCUCUCAUCUCCCACUGCAAGAUUGGGCAAGCUGGAGAUUCAAGGCACGAUUUCCGAUGACGAAUCACGUUCCCCCACACCGACUGCAUCUGCGGCCAAGGUCCCAUCCAAGAACUGGGCCCAAGAUGAUAAGAAGCUUGAAAAGCCGACGGUGAGGCCUUGGGCUCAUCUAGUCGCGGGAGGUAUCGGUGGAAUGACCUCCACUUUCUUGACAUCACCCCUUGACGUCCUCAAAACUCGUCUCCAGUCAGACUUCUACCAAAGCCAGAUUGCUGCUACGCGUGAGGCUCGAGGCAUCCCAUCGCCCUCCACGUUGUCUCUCCCCCGAGGCGCGUCUCUUCAUUUCCGUGAAACUUUCCAGAUUCUAUUCUCCGUCCAUCGCCUCGAAGGCUGGCGAGCUUUGUUUAAGGGACUGGGGCCAAACUUGAUUGGCGUAGUGCCUGCACGCGCGAUCAAUUUCUAUACAUACGGCAACGGAAAGCGAAUAAUAAGUCAGCAAUUCAAUGACGGCAAAGAAAGUCCCUUAGUGCAUCUUUGUGCGGCAGUAACAGCCGGCAUUGUGACAGGGACGACGACAAAUCCGAUUUGGCUUGUCAAAACAAGACUGCAACUGGACAAAAACAAUGCCGAGAGAGCUGGCGCCAAGUCCAAUAGACAGUACAAGAACUCGGUAGAUUGUAUCAAGCAAACAAUACGAGCCGAAGGAAUCAGAGGUCUUUACCGGGGUCUUAGCGCCAGCUAUCUUGGGGUGACGGAAAGCACCUUGCAGUGGGUCCUCUACGAGCAAAUGAAGUCCUACGUCAACACCCGAGAUGAAAAGAUUAAUACGUCAGGGCGAGCGCGUACGGCUUGGGACAAUUCCGUGAGCUGGAUUGGCAGAAUUGGGGCAGCAGGAACAGCUAAAUUUUUCGCUGCCCUCAGCACAUAUCCACACGAGGUCAUUCGGACUAGGCUGAGGCUGGCUCCUCAAGCGAGUGGUAAGAUGAAGUACACCGGCAUUGUGCAAUGCUUUCGAACAAUCUAUAGAGAAGAAGGUAUGGUAUCGCUAUACGGUGGCUUGAUUCCGCACAUGCUACGAGUUGUGCCUAGCGCUGCGAUCAUGUUUGGCAUGUGA